AUGUUGCUCCCAUCUGCGCUCUCCUGCGACCUGCGCCGGCCGUCGCGCUUCACUCCUAUGCGUUUGUUUUCAACGCCGCCUCCAUCCGACGACGACAGCGGGCUCCCAGGCAACGGCCUGCUGGGGACCUGUCGCGCACUCCAGUCACUCCUCGGCUCGCCAGCGCCAUCUCCGCGACGAGCGAAACCAGCUCGCCUUCAAAGCCCCCUGAACAUCCGCCCCACACCUCCGUCGCCCACCAGCUCGUCGCGCAAAACCAGAGCCUCGUCCAAACUCUCCUCAAGACCUCUAUCGCCUAGACCAUCUCGCGGUCCCAAUAAGCGAAGGCGCAAUACAUACGAAGAAGACAUCGACAUGGACCGCGACACAACUCCUACCCCAUACAAUGCAGACUCCCUCUCGAACCCUUCCACCCCAAAACGCCGCCGCCACCUUCCCUACGACCUGCCUCUCGGCCUUUCCCAAACAGACUUCUACUCCCUCCACUCACCACCCGUCACACAAUCCCCUCCCUCGCCCGAACAACGCCGACGGCACGAACAAUUCCCCAACCUUCCACUUUUCAAUCCAGACACGGCUCUCCCUUCAAUCGAGGGGUCAAACAACGACCCCACUCCACCAGCAGAUGACAUGUCCUGGUCAACAGACGACGACCAGCGCCUGGUAGAGAUGGUACUAGAGAAGUUCCAGCUCUCCAAGCAUGACUGGGACGAGUGCGCACGACGCAUGGGGAAAGACCACGCAAGUGUCGGCCAGCGAUGGCAGGCUCUCGUCGGUGAGGGGAACGUGGGCCUCCGACGCGGGAAACGGAUGGUUCGCAGUCGCAUUCAUAAGGACUGGAUGUGA